UGCAAUUGAAAUAUAUUGCCGGUAUUACUAAGUAUACGGUCGUUUUCUGUUAAAAAUGGAAGCACCUUUAAGUAAAGUGCAGUAUGGUCACCAUUAUCGUUUGAACACAGAGGAUUUCAGUAAUCCAAUGGUGUUAAUUGUAAACGAAUUAAAUAAGAAAGUCGUUAAAACAGGUGAUGUUAUGAUUGGGUUUCGAUAUCAUCAAAUGGUAGACCCUAGGACACAACGGAUAAUUGUUAAACAUAUGAGUGAUUCGUCCAAAGGCUAUUUCAAAUCUGCCUUGGAUCGUGCUCCAACAUUGUGCAGUAUGCGUUCUACUCUUGACAGGUCGAAACAUGCAUUGUGUUACAGAGUAGCUAAAGCUUUACAAGAUAAUACACCUAUUGAGGAAGAUGACUAUAAAACAUACCUCGCGCUGCAACCAAUAAUCAAAAAGGAACAGAUCAUUUUCAACAAGUGUAUUAAAGAGUAUUCAACUAUAUUCAAUAUAGAUAUAUACCAACCAAUGGAAUAUUUGGUGCUAAUAUGUAAAAAGUGGUAUGAACAUAAAAUUCAGCUAUUUCGCCAAAAAUACCCACAGAACUUGGCGUUAGAUAAUACACGCAAGUUUUUAUUUAAAAUCAAUGAUUACGUUAAAGUUCAAAUAGAACAAAUCACGAUGCUUGAACAAGAAGGUUGUAUUCGCUUAUGGUCAAGUGGUAAAGAAUCUAUGUUCCGCAACAUAUAUUCUAAGUUGGAUUUUCUGAUAGAUUGGCACAAAAAUUUAAAUGAAAAAACUAAAAUUUUACCCGAAGAAAUUGAGAAGCAUGUAUAUCAACAAUUGCACAUCGAAAAGGAUCAUAACAAGUUCUUUCUUCCUUUCGAUGCCUUGGUAAUGCUUAUGAGUAGUGAUGACUAUAUUGAUUUGCCAAAUAAGGUUAUUUUUGAUGUUAAGAGUUAUACUAAUAGUCAGUUUAAAGUUGUUCUUUUUGAAGAACCAUUUCCUUCACAUCACUUGGGAUUGCAUACAUAUAACGAAAUUGUAGAAAUUGGCUAUAAUUCAUUUAUAAAGCGGAAUUGCCAGCAAUGGCUACCAAUUAAAAAUAUGGAAAUUGGUUCAGUAUUUCAAGACAAAUGCAGUCCAACAUAUUUAAAUACCGGAAAAUCUGAGCAGCCAUAUCAAUUAAGAGGUUUUAAUGAAUAUAUGGAAAAAUAUUUCUGUGUACAUAAGACAGGGCAGAUAAAAUAUACUUCAAACAGCACUUUAAUUAAGUUUCAUUUAAAAGAAAAAGACUACAUCAAGUUAUUCACUACAUUUGAAAUGGCAGGUGUGGUUAACGAGAAAGCCACGGAGUUCAUUGGAGGUCAUUCAAUAAAACUAGAACAUAAACCAUUGAUAGGCUGUGAACUUAUGACUUCUUACGAACUAAUUAAAGAAUGGAUAAAACUGCGUUUUAUGCAGGAGCUAAAACGCUCAACUCACUCUAUUUGUAGCCGGUUGUCAUCAGAAAACUUUCUUCCACAACUAGAAGAGCGUCUUACCCUUCAGAAGAUUGAACAGCAAUUAGAAAGUGAUUAUAACAUAAGCAUAGAGAAACGCUUAUCGGAUUUAAAUAUUUUAUUAAAAAAAAUAGCAAAUUUAGAGCUCGGCAAAUAUUGCCUCAUACAAAAGGACACAAAGGAAACAUUUGAAGUAAUAUCUUUAUCAAAUGAUCUUGAAAUAGGAGACAAACACAUAUACGAUUUGUUUGAACCUGUUCCGCAUAAUUUCAGAUUUAUGGUAGAUCCUAUAUCGCUCCCUAUUUCUCAAAAUUUAAUAGGCAAAGUACAUGAGAAUUCCAAAAUAUUACCAUGCAUGUUUUUGCCUAAACUGCCAAAGAAAGUUAUGGAGAAAAAGAAUUUAAAAGUAUACACUCAUUUUAAACCUCUUCAAGAGGCAACAAGACAUUCCUAUAAAAGAAAAUCUCCAAACGCCAUCAAUUCAAAUAAAUUAAGUGCUUCUAAUAAGUUAAAAAAGAAUGCAAGGAAACGUCAAAAACGAAAACAAAAGCAGGAUCCUCAUGCACCUGAAAAGAAACUCAAAACCAAUGAAGAGCGUGAGUUAGAGGAUGACAUAAAAAAUUAUGAAACCAUUUUCGGCUCAUAAAGUUAUUACUGACAUUUAAGAUUAAAUUAUUAUACCUAUUUUAAAUUGAUU